AUGGACGAAUUCCGCCGUUCCUAUAGCCGACUGUGUAAGGACUGUGGUGCUGAGCCUCAGGAAGCAGUCCUCAAGCAGCUGCAUGAUCUUCGGGAGGGCCAUGGGAAGAGCAAGCUUGACUUAGCCUCCCAGAGCUUAUCAGUUGACACCUGUGGUGCUCUGGGAAAGCUCCUGCAUAAUGACAUCGUAUUUUCAGGGAUCAUUCUAAGUGACUGCAUGUUGAGUGAAGAAGGAUCCAAACUGCUCAUACAAGGACUUUGUUCAAACACAACAGUCAAAUAUCUGAAUUUUAAGGGUAAUAACCUUCGAGCUAUGGGGGCUGAGGUUCUGGGCAAACUACUCCGACAAAACAAGAGUCUUAAAAGCCUUGUGCUAGAGUGGAACAACCUGGGGAUAUGGGAAGAAAGUUUUUCCCUCUUCUGUGAGGGGCUUGGGGCCAAUACCACUUUGCUGCAACUAGACCUACGAAACAAUCAGGUCAACCACAAGGGGGCAGAAGAGCUGGCCAUGGCCUUGAAGAAGAAUUCCACUCUUCAAGAACUAGAUCUUCGUUGGAAUAACAUUGGACUCUUGGGAGGCCGGUCAAUUAUGAAUUGUCUUCCCAACAAUAAGACCCUAAGGAAGCUGGAGCUAGCUGGGAACAACAUCCCAGGGGAUGUCUUGAGAGCUGUUGAACAAGCCAUGGAUCACAACAUAGACAGACAGGUGUCUCUCCAGGAGAAUCAGAACCGAACCUAUGUGCUAAGCAAGGAAGUCCAAAACCUCAAAGAAGAGAAGUCCAAACAGUUCCUGAAUCUGAUGGAUACAAUUGAUAAACAGAGGGAAGAAAUUUCCAGGAAUUGCAGGACAUCUGCAGUCCGAAUGAGUCAGCUUCAAGAAGCUCUAAAUGAGCGCCACUCAAUGAUCAACUCCCUCAAGGCCAAGCUGCAGAUGACUGAAGCUGCAUUGGCCCUGUCUGAGCAGAAAAUACAAGAACUGACUGAGAUGCUGUCCUCUUCAAAGCAGGAACAUUUGAACUUGUCCCAACGACAAUCCAAGGAAAUGAAGCUAGAACAACAGGAAGCUGCAGAUCGGGAAUCUAAACUACUGAAAGAAUUGUCUGCAUCCAAUGAGAGAAAUAUGCUUCUACGGAACCAGGUGGAUGAACUAGAGCGAAAGAGCAAGAUGCAGCAGGAGCGGCUAUUCCUGACAAAGCAGGAACUAACCAAUAUAACAGCAGACCUGAAGCUACGAUUAACUCAGGCAGAGGAGCGCCUGGAAUUAGAGAAGAGGAGAUUCAAACAAAGCCUGGAUGAUUCAGAAAACCUUCGACUAAAAGAGGUAGAACAUAUGACUCGUCACAUGGAAGAAAGUGAACAAGCCUUGAAGGAGAGGAUACAAAAGCUGGAAACAGUUCGAAUCUCCCUGGAAGAGGAGGUAAGCCGAGUGAAGAAAACUAUACUGGCUGAGCGAGAUCAGGCAGAGGAGGAGAUUAUUAAGGCCAAGAACCAAGUCCGCCUGGAAGUGCAACAGCGAAUGACUCAUUUGGAAGAGAAAAUUAGGCUAAUGUCUCAGGCCCGGGAUGAAGCUCAGGAAUACUGCCUCCAGCAGAAACAAAUUGUGGCUGAAACCCAGGCCAAAAGCAGCCAGAUGAGCCUCCAGAUGGAAACACUGAGGCGGCAGCUAGAAGACAUGCAGCAGGAACUGAGAAACAAGGAACAGGAGAAGGUAGCUGAAGUAAACAAGGUACGAGUGGAGUUGCAGGAACAGAUUGGCCAUUUGCAGGCAGAGCGGACAGCGCAGGAAGGGCUAAAGGAGAAGAUUGCAGCCCUGGAAAGGCAGAUCAAAGUAAUGUCAAGCAGCCACCGGGAGGCUCUGCUGGACAGAGAGGGUGAGAAUGCUUCUAUCAGGGAAAAGCUGAGGCUCAAGAAUGCAGAGAUCACCAGGCUUCGGGAAGAGGAGGCCCAACGAGCAAGCUUCCUGCAGAAUGCUAUCUUGGCUUACGUACAGGGCUCUCCCCUGGGGACUGCAAACCCUGACCAGUAAUAAGAGUCAAGGGAGGUUCUAAGACUGGGGAUAAAGCAGAGGGAAUGGUGGCAGCAAGACAAAGGGAACUCCAUCUCCUGAGUCAUUCUUGGAACCUUGGAACCUCAUCUUUGGAAAAGUGCAGGAUAAGACCUUCCAGAGCAUUCAGGAUUCCUGGUGGAAAUAUAGUUGAUAUCAGAGAACUACUCACAAGGGAGGAGGGAAAUCUGGGUUUCUCCCAACUUUCUUCCCUUCCUUCACCCCUUCCACACAAGGCAAAAUGGCUUUCAUAUCUCAUCUCCAACUUAAAGCAACACUGAUGACUGAGGAGAAUGGAGGCUACCAUGCUGUGUUUUUUGAAAAUCAAUUAUGUGAUUUGAAUUUCAUUGUCCCAAAGGAAUCACCCUAGACUAGGCCCAAGUGAAUUGUUUUAAGUCUCCAGCAAGGGGCCUUGGCUGGUCAAUGCCCACUAUGUCAGGAGCAAACCCAUGGGCUUUGCCCUCAUUUAUAAGGCAGAUCAGUUGGCCAAGUGUUCCCUGGUACCCGAGGACUUAAUGAUUCCCUUCUUUGCCCCUCCAUCUUAUUUUGAGGAUCAUGUGUCUUAAGAGAGUGCUGGAAGAUAACAGAAAACCUGGAGCAUAACUAAUAUUGAACUCUGCAGAUAUCUCUCCCCAAGAGAUAGCUGAGGUUGUGUGUGUGCGCGUGUGUUUGCUUGUGCAUAAUUGUGUGCUAGUUACAAAGCAGAUAAUGUUAUAAUCACUUUUAAAAUUUAACCUUGAGACUCA